AUGGUGGCCAGCUCGGGCCGGCGAGAGGUGGUGCGGAGGCUCGGGCUCUUGAGCGCCUUGUCCGGCUGUGAGCCGGGGCCUGCGAGAGCUUUUGCUCGCAAUGGCGAGGAGAAGGCCGCUGCACAGGUCUUUCGUCAAGCUACACCUGGCGUCGUCGCCGUGGCCCGGGGCUACCGGCAGGGAGAGAGACGCCGGAGCGGCGGGGCCGAAGAUGGAUUGCCGCCUUCUCUCGGCAGUGGUUUUGUGUGGGAUACUUCGCAUGUUGUGACGAACUAUCAUGUUGUGCGCGAUCUGGCGCCUGGUGAACUGCAGAUCGUUUUCAUUGACCCUGUGAGCAAGGAUGAAACCGAGAUGCCAAAGCGGGAGAUCUUGAAGGGCGAGCUCGUUGGUUCCGACCCCUUCACGGACACUGCCGUCAUCAAGAUCGUUCCUCCCACGGCGGGAACGAUGACGGUCGGUAUGCAUCCGCUCCCCAUAGGGGAAUCUUCGUCACUCGAAGUGGGCCAGACAGUCUUUGCAAUUGGGAACCCUUUUGGCCUGGAUCAUAGCAUGAGCCGCGGCAUCAUCUCUGGGAAGUCCAGGACUCUCGACAUCGGGGAGAGGCCGAUCCAGGGUUGCAUUCAGACAGAUGCCUCCAUCAAUCCAGGCAACUCCGGUGGUCCGUUGUUGGACGCCGGCGGCCGUGUCAUCGGCGUGAACACCGCCAUUUUGACAGCUAGCGGCACCUCCGCCGGAGUUGGCCUGGCGAUCCCAGUGGACACAGUGAAGCGCAACGUGGAGCUGAUCCUGAAGCAGGGAUUCGUCUCCCGUGGCUUCCUUGGAAUCACCUUCGCCCCGGACCCGAUCGCGGAUGCAUUGCAAAUUCCUGGUGUUAUUGUGUAUGGGAUUGUGCGAAAUAGCCCCGCGGAAGCGGCAGGAGUUCGUCCGAUGCUGAACGGAACCAUUGGCGACGUGAUUACAUCUAUGGACGCGAAGACCAUUCGCACUGGUGCUGAUGUCUUCCGGCUGUUGGACAAGAGGGUCCCCGGCGACAUCGUGGCUUUGGGCCUGCAGAGGGCCCGGAGGGAUGUAGAUGGGAAUGCGAUUGUGGACAAGUUGACGCUGAAUGUUACGCUGAGUUCAACUCCGCGGAAGCUGUGA